UAAACAAUGCUGUGUGCUUCCUCCUUCAGUUUCCAGAAUUUUGAAGUGAUUAUCGCGUUCUUGCAUAUUUAGUAUUCCAGACAUCGCGGGAACUACAGGGAAAUAUUUGAUGGCGAAGAGACCUUUCCUCAACUUGCUACUGACGGUGGCCAUCGUGGGCGGGGGCCUGUUCCUGGGUUCCGCCCGGGCAGCUGAGGCAGAGGACGCUGAUGAAGAUGAUGCCCGGACAGGGAGGAUCUUCGCCUAUUACUCCACCACCCAGGUCACCAAGCUCACGACAGUCACCAUCACGGGACUUACCACUUGCUUCAGCACUGCUAGCCAGGCUGCCCAGGGCGCCUGUCAAGGUCGCAAGAAGAGGGUGAUGCCUUCUGCCAUCGAUGCCGAUCUCCUCAACAUGGAAGUCGAGGGUCUGGAUGGCAGCUUGGGCGAAGAAUUCGAGGCUGGGGACCUCGUUAAGCGGGAGGCUCAGGAUCCAUCGAGAGAGGGCAAGAAGCUCACCAUCUGGUCGACCAACUACACCACCAUUACCGUCACAUCCACUUCCAUCCAGAGCCUGACGACCGUCUCUGCCACUGCUCUCUGUACCUACCCCAACCAGUCGCAAACAUGCUUCGGUGGCUAAUGGACUGGCGAGUUCCCCUUUGCUUCGUGGCAGUCCCUGGAGAAUUCUUGCAGGUGGGAAAGAAGUCUCCAUCACAUCUAGAACCAACACCUCAGAGUGACGAGAGACACACUUCUCUUGAAGGUGGUUCUCGUUGCCUUCAGGAGAAAGAGACCAGGGCCUCCCUGAGAUGUGAGAUACCGAGUACCAUCUUGCCUUCGUUGUUCCGGCUGACUGUCUCUGUGACCAGGGCUGUGACUUAUUCCAGGUCACAGUGCUGACUUCGUCCCUUGAAAUCUGGUUUCUUGGACCUUAGUUAUGUAAGUUGUUAUUUGUAAGGUGCUCAGACUUUGUAACAUAUAUAGUUAUUAUUUAUUGUAAAUAAAAAUAUCAGUUGA